GGCGGACUCGGCCGGGGCAGCGCGGAGGGAGCCCCCGCAGGGCCUGACCCGAGGCCCGGCCGCGCCAGACCCAGAGCUCCCCAGGUGGCCGACUGCCCUGGCCGGGUCAUGCGCUGCCCCAAGUGUCUGCUCUGCCUGUCAGCGCUGCUCACGCUCCUGGGCCUCAAGGUGUACAUCGAGUGGACAUCGGAGUCCCGGCUCAGCAAGGCCUACCCCGGGGCACGGAGCACCCUGGCCGGCCCCACGUCAGCCAGCACCGAGCCCACGCUGCCCACCAACCUCUCUGCCCGCCUGGGCCAGACUUACCCACCGCCUGGCACUUACUGGAACCGGAAGCAGUGGCAGCUGGGGGAGCUGCCCAGCGAGGACUGCCAGGCUUGGGGGGCUGCCACGGCAGCCGAGAUACUUGACUUGGACAGCUACCCUGAGGACCUGCACCGCUUCUUGCUGUCGGCGGCCUGCAGGAACUUCCCACGUUGGCUGCCCACCGGGAAGGCCAGCCCUGUGGCCGGCUGCUCUGCUUCCGAUGUCCCCUACCUGUUGUUGGCCGUGAAGUCAGAACCAGGGCGCUUUGCAGAACGACAGGCAGUGAGGGAGACCUGGGGCAGCAUGGCUCCUGGGGUCCGGCGCCUCUUCCUUCUGGGGUCCCCCCUGGGUGCUGGAGGACCUGACCUGGGCUCACUGGUGGCGUGGGAGAGCUGGCGCUAUGGGGACCUGCUGCUCUGGGACUUCCUGGAUGCCCCGUACAACCGGACACUCAAAGACCUGCAGCUGUUCGCCUGGCUGGGCCAGCACUGCCCUGAUGUCUCUUUUGUCCUGCAAGCUCAGGAUGAUGCUUUUGUGCACAUCCCCGCCCUCCUGCAACACCUGCAGUCCCUGCCACCUGCCUGGGCCCGGAGCCUCUACCUGGGUGAGGUCUUUACCAAAGCCAAACCCCUCCGGCAUGCAGGAAGACCCUUCUAUGUGCCAGAGUCCUUCUUCGAAGGCAGCUACCCAGCCUAUGCAAGUGGGGGUGGCUAUGUGAUUGCGGGGCGCCUGGCCCCCUGGCUGUUGCAGGCGGCAGGCCGCGUGAUGCCCUUCCCCUUCGAUGAUGUCUACACCGGCCUUUGCUUCCGUGCCCUGGGCCUGGUGCCCCGGGCCCACCCGGGCUUCCGCACCGCCUGGCCAGCAGGCCGCAGUGUAAACCCCUGCACCCUCCGAGGCCUGCUGCUCGUGCAGCCCCUCAGCCCCCAGACCAGCAUCCGGCUGUGGAGGCAGCUACGGGACCCCCGGCUCCAGUGCUGAGGCCCAGGGUGCUGAGGCUAGCUCCUGGGCUGAGAGAAUGCAGUGACCCCCUCCCCCUUCCCCAAUGGGUCCCCUUUGGCCAAUGACCUUGCAGACAGACUGGUUUUUGUCUACUUUGUCUUCGAAAAAUCUGCGCUCCCUACUCUGA